UUACCGACCGAGCAUUUGUCACCACAUGCGCGGCAGGCUGCGCGAUUUAUAAAUUUCGUACCAAAUGGUAGCGGACACAAAUCUAUAAUCGUCGAAACUAAAAAUGUCAGCUGCAUCUGUAAGCAGCUCGAUAGUUAACGCAAAUGAAAACAGCAAUAACAGGACAGACGACAGUGAUAAAAUGUCUAGUGUUAAAAAGAAAAGGGAUGUAAAUACAAAGAGUAGGAAUGAUACAAUUAUAAAAGUGAAAAGUGUUAUUCCUAGACGAAGACAAGAGCUGCUGAAAUGGUGGGGCUGGGGCUACAAGGACUCCAAGUUCGAGCUCGUCGACCAGGCGGCGCGCUUCACCGGCGACAGAUACUUAAUAGGCGGGAAAACCCUCCCGCACUUCGCCCCAUGGGUGGUCCAGAACCUCAACAUCGACCUCAGCAAACCGGCCAAGACCACUCCACUUCCAACCUCAUUCCCCGACAGCAGGCUACCCAGCAACGUUCGCGAGGAGCUGGAGAAGAUAGCGCUGGUCAGCGUGGAUGGAAUGGACCGGCUGAUCAGAGCGCAUGGACAGACACUUAGUGACAUGGCGCAGCUCAGGAGCAACAGCUUCCCGAGGAUACCGGACGCUGUUAUAUGGCCGGAGAGUCAUGAGGAUGUCGUAAAGAUAGUAGCACUCGCAACUCGCCACCAGUUCGUUAUAAUCCCAUUCGGCGGAGGCACUUCAGUAUCGGGUUCCAUCACGUGUCCGGCCCGUGAGCUGCGUCCCAUCGUAGCCCUGGACACCAGCGAGAUGAACUCCAUUCUGUGGAUCGACCGCGAGCAACUACUCGCGCGUGUUCAGACGGGUAUAGUAGGCCAAGACCUGGAGCGUGAGAUGCGCGCCCGUGGUCUCACCGUAGGCCAUGAGCCAGAUUCCUACGAGUUCUCCACGUUGGGCGGCUGGGUGGCUACUAGAGCCAGCGGGAUGAAGAAGAACACCUACGGCAACAUCGAGGACCUCAUCGUACAGACCAAGACGGUGACGCCAACUGGCGUGCUAGAAAAGAGUUGUCGCGUGCCGCGCAUAUCCUGCGGGCCGGAGUGGGAGCACGUCAUCAUGGGCUCGGAGGGCUGCUUCGGGGUCGUCACAGAGGUGACGAUAAAAGUGCGUCCUCUGCCGCCGGUGACCCGCUACGGCUCGCUCGUGUUCCCGGCGUGGGAGCGCGGCGUGGCCUUCGAGCGGGAAGUGGCCGAGAGGCGGCUGCAGCCCUCCAGCAUACGGCUCAUGGACAACGACCAGUUCCGCUUCGGCCUCGCGCUCAAAUUCGAGUCCUCGUGGGGCGGGGUGAUCCUCGACGGCCUCAAGCACCUCUACAUCACGCGCAUCAAAGGCUUCGAUCCGGCCAAACUGUGCGUCGUCACACUACUGUUCGAGGGAGAGGCCGAGGAGGUGGCCGAGCAGGAGAAAAAGAUUAAUGCCAUCGCGGCUAAAUAUGGUGGUGUGCCGGCAGGAGCUACCAAUGGAGAGAGGGGAUACACGUUCACGUUUGUGAUUGCUUAUAUUCGGGACCUGGCGCUGGACUACGGCGUGGUGGCGGAGUCGUUCGAGACGUCGGUGCCGUGGGACCGCGCGCUGGCGCUGUGCGGCGCCGUCAAGCGCCGCGUGCGCGCCGAGUGCCGGCGCCGCGCCGUGCGGCACUACCACAUCUCCUGCCGCCUCACGCAGACAUACGACGCCGGCUGUUGUAUUUACUUCUACUUCGGGUUCAACUCGUCGUCGUUUAAGGACCCCGUUGCGAUAUAUGAAGAAAUCGAAGAGGCCGCUCGAGAUGAGAUUAUUGACUGUGGUGGUUCUAUAUCUCAUCACCACGGUGUUGGCAAGCUCCGAAAGAAAUGGUACAAAGAUACAGUAAGCGAACCCGGGCGAAGAUUAUUACUCGCCGCUAAGCAAACUCUAGAUCCCGAUAAUAUUUUUGCCCUUGGAAACAUGGCGUUUGGCGAAAAUCAACACGAAGAGACAAGGGUUAAAAGCAAACUAUAAGUUGUUACAAAAAAUAUGACAUGGUUUUACUUAUUGCUUUGUAAGUCACUCAGAAAGUAACAAAAUGAAGGCUUAGGGACGACAAUGGCCAACAGCUUUUUCAUAGGAAGCGUAUCUGUUAUAGCAGCAAGUCACUUCGUAGUUUGUUACUUGGUUGCGGGCUUGGUUGGAAAAAUAUUUGGCGUUAAUACGAACGUAGUCCUCAUUUUCCUCUCUGGAUAUUAACAUUAUUGAAAAUAUUUUGACACAAUUGGGUGUAUAUCUUGAUUAAUGUUGAAUCUUCUUUGAUUAAUUUUAGCAAUACGUCCGACCCGCGCGAAAACUCCUUUUUAUACAAACGUAUUCAUAAAUUUCCUCUUUAGAUAAUUUCAAAAUAACUUCUUCUUCUUCCUCGCGUUGUCCCGGCAUUUGCCACGGCUCAUGGGAGCCUGGGGUCCGCUUGACAACUAAUCCCAAGAUUUGGCUUAGGCACUAGUUUUUACUUUUUACGAAAGCGACUGCCAUCUGACCUUCCAACCCAGAGGGUAAUCUAGGCCUUGUUGGGAUAAGACCCGUUUCCUCACGAUGUUUUCCUUCACCGAAAAGCGACUGGUAAAUACCAAAUGAUAUUUCGUACAUAAGUUCCGAAAAACUCAUUGGUACGAGCUGGGGUUUGAACGCGCGACCUCCGGAUUUGCAAGUCGCACGCUCUUACCGCUAGGCCACCAGCGCUUGUCAUAGGAUAUUUUCAAAAUAACAUUAUUUAAAAUAUUUUAAUACCAUUUGUUUGUAUAUCAACUACAGCUAUGCCCCUACGUUUGAUUUGUUUUCAAAUUUUUAAUUAUUAUUAGAGUUAGGGCCAUUAAAAAAAUUGUAUGAAAUCUGUUUUUUUUGCUCCUAAUCAUAAAAUCUAAAAAAGGCAAACUUAGGGGCAUAUCUAUAUUUAAUAUACAUCAAAAUGAGGACUACGUUUGUAUAGAGAAGCGGCCGUUCCUCUUAAUGUACAUUUAUCAAAACAAAAUGUAAACACUAUGCCUGUUGCGAUGUUCUUCGCGAUUUGACAUUUCUUUCAACGCAACCACGUAACUUAAUAGCAAACCACGAUGUAGCCUUCGGCUUUACAGGAAGGCCUACAAGUUGGGUAUCUUAUUUAUAGAAUUUAUUUAUUUUUCACGAUUUUAUGGAUGAUAAGAGAUUAGUCUGGUCAGAACAUUACAAUGGUUAAGUACUAUGUAGGUAGCAUAGAUGCGUGUUUGUUGUGAGCAGUGCCUUCGAACAUGCGGUUUUAUUAGAAUCUAGGUCGAAGUGAUUUAUGUCAAACUUAUUUCGUUUAGAUUGAUUCACGGGUUUCGGCAUAAUUUUAUAUUUUUACAUGAUAAUUGUUAUUUGUUAAGAAAAAAACAUUUUCAUCACACUUGCUCGAAAAAGAUCUUAUUUCAAGCAUGUGUACUGAAGGACAAAGGCCUAUAUUGUUCCCGCGGGAGUUAUGAAUUGUGAAAAAAAAGCUGUAACUCCCUAGGGAGUUAUAAGUUUUUUUAUUUAUUAUGUCACUAAUUCAUACAAACCACGUAGUGUACGUGAGUUUUACUUUUAAAAUACUGCCGUUAAUAAUUUAAUAUGUUUAAAAUAUUUUUACAUACUUUUCAAUCGUGGCUGAAUGCCGAAUAGGUCUGUGCCUUCGAUUCGAAUGUUUGAAAUGUCACCGUAUUUAAGAAUUAUUUCGCUUAAAAUUUGGUGUUUUCUUCGCAAGUGUGAUGAAAAACAUUGUAUGUAACUCCGGGGGUAAGAAUAUUGCAACCUCGACUCUUGAAUUCCCACCAGCCUGCGGCUUUCGGGAUUUACCACCCUCGCUUCCAAAAUUUCACUUACCCCUUACCCCCCUCGAUGCACCUGUAACAAAAAAGCUAUUUUAAGUAUUUAUUAUUGUAAGUGCACUAAUACAAGCAGUUGCUCAAUUUAAUUAAAUAAAACCCACUCCUCCACUCUUUGGACUCCGACCACACGAAGUUUGCACUGACUUGGUAGUGACAAUGCAUACCAUACAUAACCCAUAGGAACACUAUAUUUGACAUAUAACUUGGUAGUCAAACUUAGCGUGGCCCGACUCUACCAGUUGUACAGAUCAAUACUCUAAUAUUUAAUUUUACACGGAAUUCUCCGUCACGUUGCAAAGUACUAUUUGCAAUAAGCUUAACAUUCCGUACCAUUAGUUUAAAUUUAGUUAUUGUUGAUAUUGUAUGUACACAUGCAAACUGACAAAACAUGUACCUUGAAAUUCAAUUAUGGACAUUAAAGAAAUUGUGUUAAAAAUA